AUGGGCAGAUCGCGACGAGCUGGACUUUUAGUCCAGCUCCGCCGAAUUGCAAGGGCGUACGCUACUCCUGGGGUCUUCGACCCCAGAAUCUUUGAUAGGCCGCUAGAGCCUAAUAAACCCGCGCUCCCGUUCCAUCCCCCUUCACCCGAGAAGCCUCCGCUAGCCCCCAUUCACCCACACCCCCCACCUCCAUACAGGCCUCCGGACCCGUGCCCGGUCAGAGCGUGGGCUCCGCGCCCACCAAUCACCCCAGCGCCUAGGCCUCCAACGACCAGCCUGGGCAGUGCCCCUCCUGCACCACCGGCGGACGCAACGAGGAGGCCACCGCAGGAACCACAGGCCCUGCAACCGCGCCUGCCCCCUCGUCAGACUCGGCCCUGCAUAGUGAGGAUUGAGGCCCUCCCCCAGAAGGUCAGGAUCGCCAGACGGCCCAGGACCCAGCGUCGAGCCGCCAAGGACAUGCUCUCGCUGGGCUACGUUCCCCCAUUUUCAUUCAUUUCCUCGGUAUUGUCCCUCACUCUCUCUACGCUGUACAUAGCCAUUUCUGUAGAAUAUAUAAUUUAG